CUUUGGGCUUCCUGUGUAUCAAAAUGGCGGACGAAAAGAAGUCAAAAACGAAGAAAAAACCUGGAAUAAAGAAUUUCUUAACAACGCCGUAUUCAUUGACUUGGUAGGAUUUCUGAAUUUUUCACGUUGUGUUAUUGGCUGUUCAUAGUAAUCAUAUUAACAAGGAGUAGGCUGUAAUCUUUAACACAUGAACAAAGAUAAUUUCCGUCUGGCGUCUGCUAGACAGUCACAGAAUCUGACUUCGUCACAAUCCACACAAUAUUAUAAAUGCAUAUUAUCUCGUUAAGAGAAAUAUUCUAUAUUAUACAUGUAUAUACUGUUACUGAGUAAGUUGUCGUUGAUAUUGGGCAAUUUGCCAAUUUUGUUAACCAUUAUGCAUAUGGUUUUGGACUUUUGGUAGUUGUUACGGUUUUGGUUUUUAUAUUACCAACACAUGGGUUGAUCUGACACAAUGUCAGACCAAGUUUUCAGAAUUAUAUUGAACUCUGCACAUGAUACCCUGAAGGACGUGAUUGAAUGAUGAUUGAAUGAUGAUCAACUAUAAAUGAUUUCAUUCUAGUAGUCCAGUUUUAUAUUAAAUACGUCUGUUUGUCUGUUUUGCAAUUUUCAUCUAUUUUCUUUCACAUGAUAUAACUUUAUGAUAUUAUUAGGUCUAACCUUGACAAAGGUGAUAACAAGAACAUACUUGAUGGGAUAAGAAGGUACUAAAAAUUAUGAGUAUUUUAAGACCAUGAAGUAUGGAAUGUAACUUUUGUGCACUGGGACCUAGACUGCUAACUUUGCUAAUUAGGUACCGAGUAUGAUUUUGUUGUCAAAAAAUGUGCACUUAUAUUUCACGGAAGGGACAGAAUGCGCACUCAAGUAACAAGUGAGGAAAUUCGCACAUCACUAUAAGGGGCUACGUCCAUAUAUUCAUGUUAGUGCCACACAGGUUGGGUUUUUACGUACAUCAACUUGUCGACGUUAUCUUGUGGCAAUUUGACUAUAAUUGUCCUACACUGACACUGAAACACACAUGUUUUCUUGUGCACCAAACUUAUCCAAUGGUGUGUGCUAAUGGUGUUAAAUAAUAAUAUUUUCAAGUUUUUUUAUGAAAAGAUAUAAGGUGUCACUUAAAGGGUUAAUCAGAUUAUCUGCCAAAUGCACCCUGUUAACCCCAUUAAGUUACACGUACCCUGGUGCACCCUACUUUAUUAUUUUACUCAGUCUAACACCAGAUUAUUUUACUCCUCAAGGGGACUCAAUGUAAAUAUCAGGCUAUACAGUAUCUGACCAUGCAUUAAUUCUUUAUGUAGCAAUGCACCCUGAUGAACCCUACUUUAUUACUUUACUCUAACUCCAGACAAUUCACUCAUUAAAGGGAGAGUGCUACCACUCAAUGGUUAAUGAAUCUAAGUUGCAUGCAGAUAUGCUCACAUUCUGUUUUCCAGACAUAUCCAUGGGUGAAUUUAGUCAUAGUGAUGUACACAUUCAGUAGAUCGCUUCAAUUUCUAUUUAAUUAAUGACCCACACACUUUUAUCUAGCUCUACUGAGCAGUAUCAAUUGUUGUAUGGAGGUCUGGGCAAUUGGUCCUUAAAAUUAAAUUCACACCGUGAACAUGCAGUCAUUAAAAUGCCUGUAAUAUAUUCUAAUUUAUGUUAAAAUUAGGGGAAGAACCCUACAGUGAUACAAGUCGGUGAUUGUCUGUCAGAAUCUAUUUGUUAAUACUUAAUAUUCCCUUAAUGAAUGUGUGUACUGUCCUAUUAAAAUUAAUAAUGAAAUAUUCUUGUGACAAUCACAGUGUAUUUCCCACAACUGGAAUUAAGAGAGAGAAGACAGAAGAGUUUUCAAGUCAUGAAAGUCCGUUCGUAUCUUGGAAUAUGACAAAGAAGGCUUUAGCUAUUGGUGUUAAUUCCGUAACAAAGUCUUUAGAGAAAAACAAUCUUAUGUUAGUACUGGUAGGUGCUGUAGUUCUAAGUCAAAAACAUCAAUUUUGUUUAUUAUUAUUUGUAAAAAUGUGUUAUGCGUAAUGUUUGCCAGUGACUGACACUUCAUAUCCUCUAUCUUCAGUUCUGUGCAGAAAGGGGCCCCCAAAGCAACGAAGGUCCUUAAAAUUUCUUGAUACAAGAUUGCUUAACUGAGAAAAUGAGUCCUACCGUAGCUGCGUUAGUGCAGGAUAAUAUGCAAUAAAGUGUGAACUAUUGUAAAACACUGCUUCUCCUGUGUCACAAUGAUGACGUCAUAGGGAGUUCCCCUAGGAAAGUUUUCUCCAAGGAAAGUUUCCGCCUGGGGACCGCACAACGUCUUGAUGGCCCUGGUGCAGUAUAUGAAUGUUUUUGUCCUUUUCCUUUCAAAAUAUUUUCUCUUUCCCUAUUAAGGUAAUUCCGCAGUAAUUGUUCCCGAAAUGAGAAUGUGCUGAAACUUCCCAGGCAUGGAGUUUAUGAUAUACUUAAAGUAAAAUCACACAAAAAAGUUGGGGUCACCGAACUCGUUAAGAAGAUAUGACAAUCACAAUAUACCACCUCUACCCCCAAUAUGGCGCCAUCUUGACGCUCAUUACGAGUAACAGCAAACUCACAACAGCCCGAUAUUUAUUGACGUUUUUAGCGCGGAUUUUGCUUUAGUAAACCUAUCUUGUAAUUAUUUUUGAAAAAAUAUUGUGUUUUGAGCAAAAUGAAACUACUAACGUGUACAAUUCUGAUCUAUAAAUGUCUUUUGCACAUUUCUUUACAUAUCUUUCUUGGAGAACAUGCAUUGAUAAAGCAUUUGCGAUUUAUUCCAUGUUUAAGUUGCAAUGGAAAAUGUAAAAGAAUCCUACACCAUAUAUACAUAAUACUUCAAUGGAAAUUAUGAAGCACAAUUGACUACCUAAGGGUCCAAUGGUGGCGGACAUUAGGGGGAACCAGGAUUUUACCAGGGGGGUAAAUGAUAGCUGAAUUAGCCAUUCCGAAGUUGAUGAGUGGACUGGCGACAAGUGUUAAAAGUGCCCAAAUUAAGAAAUGAACCAAAUCACUAAAAAGAUCACCUCGUAGGUAGUAAAUGUACAAAGUUUGAAAACGUUUACAUGAAUACCCUUCGAAUAAUAAGCUUUCGGAAAUUGUGAAAUUACUGAUUAAAAGAUUGUUUUUGGGACGCGCGUCCCCAUUCUCAUACCCAGAGCCCUUCUUACACGCGGUAUGACGAGGGGCUCUGGCCAAAUCCAUAUCCGAACUGGCAUCUGAUUGGCUAGUUCUAACAAUCAACUUUAACUUUAUUAAUGAGGGUAAACGCAUGACAGUGAAACUGAUAAACCAGCGGCCCUCCUAACUAUAAGUACAAAAAUAUGUUAAUAGAAUAAAUGGCUGCGUAUAGCAUGCAAAUAUAUACAUAUAUAGUAGGAAUUUAAUAACUAAUGGUCUAGUAAAAAGUUUAAAAUUCUUUAAGAUGGUUCAUAUCCUUUAGAAUGUCAAUAUAAAAAGUUCUCAAAGAUGAUCUAAAAAUGUUUAUACUAUUAAUGGACUUCAGUUCAUUUUGCAGACUGUUCCAUAAUAUUGACAUUCUGACUGAGAAUGUCCGUCCACCUUCAGUUUCACUAUUGAAACGUGGGCAAACUAUGUUUAUUGAGCCAUAACGACUUGAUCGGUUAUGGAUAUCUGAGUUUACCCUCAACGUUUCUUUAAUAUAAGCUGGGCAUUCGCCAUAAAGACGUUUGUGAACCAAAACACACAUCUGAAUUUUGACUUCACAGAAGAAAGGCAACCAAUUUAAUUUUUUGAAGAGUUCGGCACUGUUCGCUCGCAUGUCAGCAUCUAAUAUGACCCUAGCAGCUCGCUUUUGCAGUCGCAAAACCCUUUCUAAAUUCACACGAGAGCACGCAGACCACACAGUUGAGCCAUACAUCAUCGGUUGUUUAAUCAUAGCGUUGUAGUAGAGAAUUCUCUGCUCGAGGAGAAGAAAAACCUUGAUCUUUAAUUCGUAGGACGCCAAUUCGCUGCGACAGCUUGUUGCAAAGAGAGUCGACGUGUUCGUCAAAUGUCAAUCUCAUAUCUAUCUUUAGUCCCAGCAAACUGAAAACAUCGACUUGUUCAAUAGUAGUGUUGUUUAAUUCAAUUUGCAAAUCCAAACUUGCCAGCUUUUUAUCUAGCCGUUUUCCUGUAAUGAGCAUCGAUUUCGUCUUUCUUUCGUUUAGUGUCAUUCGAUUUUUUUUCGACCAAUUUUGUAGUUCAUUUAUAUCCGUCUGGAUGCCAUUACUAAUAGCUUGAGGUGAAAUAUUAUAAUGAUCAGAGUAACUAAUUGUAGUAUCAUCCGCAUAUAUAUCAGCUGUAGAAUUCUUCAGAGCAGUCGGCAAGUCAUUAAUAAAUAUCAGAAACAGCACAGAUCCCAAUAUACUUCCUUGCGGAACACCGAAAUUUACAUUUUCAGUCUUAGAAUGGCAUCCAUUAACGUUUACGUACUGUUUUCGAUCGCUCAGAAAACUAGUAAAUAGAGGAAGGUAAUCAUCACCAAUACCGAGUACUUCGAGUUUUCGUAAUAACAGUUGAUGGUCAAUUAGAUCAAACGCUUUCUUAUAAUCCAUGUUUAAUAACGCUUUCUUAUAAUCCAUUUCUUACCAUGUUUUUUACCUCGUCGCGCUCGGUCGAACGCGCGUAAAAAGGGCUCUGGGUACGAGAAUGGCGCGUCCCCAAAAGCAAAAAUUAUAGUAUAUUUCAUAGUAACUUUUUAUUUUUUUAUAACUAUGUAACAAAGCUGCAACACUUUAAGCUGUAAGCUAUAAAUUUAGCUAAAUAUUGCAUGGAAUUCAAGGCAACAAAAGUGGUCAACGCACCCCACCACAACAUUUUGCGAAGUGUCCACCACCGCACGUCACUGCACGCCUAACAAACUGAGGAGGAGGAUUACAUCCCCACCCUUAUCUUGACUGGAUCAUGCAAAAAGAAAAAAAAUCAGAAAAUGGCCAUUUUAGUGUUUUGAAAUGACUUGAAACUUCAUAGUAAAAAAGGCAAAGAUUCUUGCUUGAACUACAUUUUAUUUGUAAAUGUAUUUUUGUGUAGGUGUGUAGAUCAACAAAACCAGCCGUCCUAACCAAUCAUUUGAUGUUACUAAGUGCUACUAGAUCAACUCCAUGUUGUGCAGUGUUUGGUCUGAGUGACGUUAUGGCCCCUCUUCUUGGAAUCAAAACUGUUGUGGCUUGUGGCUUUAAGGUACUAACACAUCUAAUACUAGAUAUUUCUGCCUGGUUUAAAUUAUUAUCCCUAGUGACCUAGUUAAGGGUCAUUCUUGAUUCCUCGGUUGUUAUAUUGUUAUAAAGGAAAACCUAAACUACUGUAAAGUAACUAUAUUUUAUUAUUCUGGAUAGCUCUAUCAGUGCUGAACUGUUUUUCCUAAAGAUAUAGUAAGUGCUGUUACUUAUUAUCCAGAGUUGCAGCAGGAGAAAACUUAAACUCUCUGUGUUGGUGUAAUGUACUCAGGUGAAUAUGAUGCUUGUGAUGUUACUCUGAGUGUAUAUCCAGACCGGGCAAGCUUGAAAAUUCCCACCGUGGCCAGGCAUGUUUUUCAAACUUGCCCGGUGUGGAUAUACACUCAGAGUAACAUCACAAGCAUCGUAAACUAACUUUGUUGAUACUCGAUUGACAUCAGUUCUAAAUUGCUCUUCGUGAAGGUCUGGUGUUAAUGAGCCAUUCCUAUUUGUCCAGUGCUCCUAUAUGUAGGAGCAACCAGAGUAUGAUGAUGAUUUCCGUAAAUUGUAUAGGUAUAUCUACAAUUUGAUUGGUUCUGAACUCCACUUCUACCUCAUCAACCUAACCCAACUAGCCCUGUAUUCAUUAAUUUCAUUGAACCCAAUUUGAAUAUUAACUGCUCCAGUUAACAUAAAAGCAGUUAACAUAUAUACGACUUCAGCACUAUUAACUAACAGAAAAUAUUUUCCUUGGGUUGUGGUCCCUAAUCUGCGAACCCAGACGUCAUUCCCCACGCUCAUUCUUCGCUCGAAAAGCGAAUAAUGCCCACGCUCAUUCUUCGCUCGAAAAGCGAAUCUGGGUUCGCAGACAAUGUGGUUACAGAAUAUAAAAUAAUUUUUUCCAUCACUCAUUUAAGGCCAUGUUUACAUUCUAUCUGAUCACUUUGCGUCCGACGCAAAGGAUAGGGCUUCUGUUUACAUAUGAAAUGUUGUUAUCGUCUCAAUUUCUGCAACGAACUGGUGGUGCGGCGGUUCGCUCUUCGAAGUGGUGCGUGGUGUGUCGGAUUGGUUUUUGCAACACUCUCAUUGUAAUGUAAACACCAAUCGGAAUAAUUUUCGGUUCAAUGCGUGACUCAAAAUGGCGUCUAGCAACUGGCUAUUCUAAUCUUAUCUGCAGGUAUAGCUUGCUCAUUCUUUUAAAUGAUGUCUGCAAUAUUUUUGUAUUUGGUAAAUAUAUACAAGCGAAUACGACGGUAUAGAAGGGCGGAAGCUGUUUACACUUGGAGCGUAUAACGUUUCGCGAACGAAGCAAAAACCGAUCCGAUACAACUGCCUCGUCCCCGACGCUAAUAAAAAAAUUUCAUGCGAGUCACUAUAUGAAAGGUUUACAUGAAGUAGUGCGUCACAUUACAGGCGCGCAAAGAGGGAUGGGAUAUGAGACUACUUCAUGUAAACCUUUCAUAUAGUGACUCGCAUGAAAUUUUUUAUUAACACCGGGGACGAGGCAGCCGAUGCAAUGUAAAAAUAGCCUGAGACUCGUGUCUGAUCACGGAGCACAACUAAAAUGGACCGUUGAGCCACUGAAACAAAGGCUAUACCUUCUAACUAUUGAAUUACUUUUGAUUUUGAAACAUUCCUAUUUUCUUUCUGCCGACCUGAAUAAUUUCUGGUAUCAAUGGUUCCAUGGUCCGCGAUAUAGGUCAUAUGCAUGGUAGCAAUCUCCGAAUCUCGUACCCAGAGCCACCACUCAACUAAUGGUUCUGGGUACGAGAUAGAUAUGGUAGCAGUCAGAGCCUAACUCCUUAAUAGUACAAACCUUUCGAGCUGUGUCCUUCACAGUUCAAAGAUGAUUCGCACCAACUUUACCUGUUUUCCAUUUUCAGAAAGAUAUAACUGCGAACAUUUUGAAAGAUCUCGUCCAAUAUAUCGUGUGCAAGAUCCCUCCAUUACCAGAACAAUAUCUAGCAAUAUGGAAUAAUAAUGGGCACAAUAGUUCUCAGAAAACUCUUACCAAGAAUGAAAUUUCAAAAGAUCUGGAGAACAAAACUGAAGGUGGCAGUGACAAAGAUGUUCCAAAAUUUGGUCCUGUACUGAAUAAACAGAAUGAACAUACUUCUGUUAGGCAAGGAAAGAAAAGGACGUUCGAUUCUACGUAUGUUAAUACUCAGAUUAAAACAUUAUCACCAAGAGAAACGCCAAAAAUUAAGAAAAAGAAAUCUUUAAAACAACCUAAAUAGAAUUUAAUAUUUAAUUUCAUGAUAUUGAUUCCUGUAUGUAAUGUUGAUUAUCUACGGCUCUUCUGAUUGGCCAGUAGGUUACAGCUAAAUAUGGAAAUCCCCGUUAUAUGGUAGCAAAUAAUGGUGUGUUCUCGACCGCCUUGACCAAGGAGGGUACCAUGAUUUCCUUGUUAAUUCAAAGUUUCAUAAUUUGGCAAGGCAGUGCAUGACCAGAAAAUUGCCAAUAGCAGAUCUAAAGUUACUAUACAAUGUCAGAUUGUCAGUGGCCCUCAGGCAGUUGAAGAUGUCCAUGUUUUGAUUCGUUUCUUUACAUUUUGCAAUAUAUCGUCCUUGUUAAUAAAAAUUCAGAAUUUACGCCCUCUGAACCCUUUCAGGGAUUGCAUUCAAGUACAUUGCCUUCCUGUUUCGGUCGACAAACCACCUCGCUCGAUGAACAACAAUAGUGGCUAGCCCCACUUAGCACCCCCAACCACCACCACCCACGUUAAGUCGUUAAUAAUUGUUUUCCUGAACGAAGACAGAACGCAGUGUUUGUUACCCUUUUGUUGUAUUAAGCAAAGUAAUACAUUUUUCACUGUAUAAUUUUAUUGUAUAUAUAGCAUUAUCUAAAAUAUGUAAAUCGUUGCUAUAUCUGUGUUUACACCAGUGGGGAGACACUAGCCCCCCCCCCAAAAAAAAAAACCCACCCAUAUAACGUAAUUGUCAUUAAAUAGAGACUAUUAAAUAAAAUUUAAGCUAACGUUAACAAUAUAGCAAGCAAUAUAUGAUUCUGUACAAUGCAUGCCAAUGAUUCCACAACAUACACAUUUUAUACAAUCUGUCACGUUCUGUUCUGUGUAGGAUUCGUGAAGUGUCCGCCACUGGUUUACACGACAAACCUAGACAUGACAUUGGCCAGCGUAAACACAGCUUGAUUAAGACUACAUCUUUGUUUCUACAACUUUGCAACUGUUGACAUUAUAAAAAUGCAUGUAGAUGUCGGACAAUACCAUAUAUCUGGCCCCGCUAGCAACACGGUGGAUAAAGUUACAAUUACGUAUACGCAAUACUUAGAAAAAAAUGAUGAGGGUAACAGGGGAUCAGACUACCAUACCCAGUUACCAUCCCUCAAUCUGCUAAAUAUUCCACAGUUGUUUUUCACCGAGUUGUCUGUGAAGGAGGCUUCCUUACAUCAAAACAUACUUGUGACAUGAUGUGUAUAUACAAUAGACGUCGGACAAAGCUAUAGCUUUUUGAAAAUCUACUUAAAAGAGGAUUUUAUAUAGUCUACAUGCAUGUUGUACAUUAAGUACAUUUAUUAAAAUAUUUAUAAUUUUGAACACAAAAAGUUGACUAUCUAUGCCAGUGUUGCACGUUGUUUUAUCAUCUGGGGUUUUCUCUCUGCUGCUGGCUUCUUCGAGUUCUUGAAAGAUUGAUAGCUGAAGAAAAAAACACAUAAAAGCCUUGACUUUUUUUCACUUU